GUGGAACGUGGUCGGGUUCCAAGGCUCUCUGAUGAGCUACUUCACUGAGGCCAUCUACUUCUCCAGCAUCAUUCUGGGCAGCCUGUACCACGCGGACCACCUCUCCAGGGCCAUGUACCAGAGGAUCACGGAAAUCGAGGAGCUACCGCAGUCCUUCAUCCUGAACCGACCACUGCUCAGUGGAAUCACUAACGCUGAGGCUCGUCAGCCGGGGAAAGCACCAAACUUCAGCAUCAACUGGACGGUGGGAGACCAAGGAUUGGAGGUGAUCAACGCUACCACGGGGAAGGACGAUCUGGGUCGACCCUCCAGGCUGUGCAAACACGCUUUGUACAGCCGCUGGAUGCGCCUGCACUACAAGCUGUCCUCCACCCUGCGGAUCAGAACAGCGAGGCCAAGCAGCUACCACGACGCCAAGCAGGCGGUGGUGGAGUACCACAGUGCCAAGCAGACACUCUUCAGAGCCUUCCACAAAGCCGGACUGGGCGCCUGGGUGAAGAAACCCAUAGAGCAGGACCAGUUCGCACUCACCACCUGAGUGACGGAGACAGAAAACACGUCAGACUGCUUUGCUUUACUUUUAGUGGUGGAAUCGUUUUCGUCCGGAUGAUCCGAACUGGACUAUGCGUCAGAAGAGAAAGGCACCUAAUCCAGAUGUCAGAAUCCAUGGAUUUAAAAUUCCACCUGCAUUUUUACAGCCUUGCGCUCGCCCUCUCAGCCAGCACUACACACGAAAAAGACUAUUAUUCAGUUAUGCAACUUUAUACAAAUGUAAAGUACUUUCGGAAACCUGUAAACACCAUUGUCAGUUCUAUUGUUUCUAUAGAAAUAGCGAUAUGUUCAUUUUGCAUGUGUGAUUAUACCAAAUCGAUAGGAGUCGUGUAUCGUUGAGAAUGUCCUCCAAACUGAGUUUUUUUCGACUAUGUUGCAGUUCUCGGACUGCAAAUUCGAGUUCGUGAAGAUCUUCCAAUUCAAGCUUCGGAAUGACAUUAGAAGAUCCUAAAGUCCACCUUUCAUUUGUAAUGCAGCUCUACUCUGAUGUGUUUCCCUCGUGGUGCAAACAAAAUUAAUUUUUAAAAAAAAUUGUAGAUCAGCAUUGUUUUGAAACUGCUGCCGAUUUUCAAAACAAUGUUUUAAAGGCCGCACUGCAAUCUUGCCCAGAAAAUACAAAUUUUGCCAGAGAUGACAAAUGAUGAAAGA